GGCUCCUGUGAAGUGAACUGAGGCCAGACUCACAACAGCCGCGCGCGAGCCGCAGACUUCAUGAAAUCUGCGGUGGUCACGUUAAGGACUGAGCACUGCUUCAGAUUUACACAGAUCCACCUCGUGACAUCACAGUGUGAGUUUCACUGUCUGAGCUGUGACUCUUCUGCAGAAACGGAGCUUGGAUCCUUCACCUCCUGGAGUCAUGGCUGGAGCCCUGAGGAUGACCGAGGGGCAGCUCCUCAACAUCUACGACAACGAUCCUUUUAAUUUUAUGACUCCAUAUGAAUACAUUCCUCCAGUGGACAUCAAGACCGAGCCCUACAUCCCUGAGACGGCUCAUGGUCCUUACAUCCAAAUCAUCGAAGAACCAAAACAGAGAGGCUUCCGUUUCCGUUAUGAGUGUGAAGGCCCCUCCCACGGCGGCCUCCCGGGGGCGUCCAGUGAAAAGAACAGAAGGACCUAUCCAACGGUCAAGAUCAGUAACUAUGUGGGUCACGCUCGUGUGGAGGUGCAGCUGGUCACUCACACUGACCCGCCUCGUGUCCACGCUCACAGCCUGGUCGGACGCCACUGUAAUGAGAGCGGCACGUGCACUCUGGACAUCGGACCCAACGACCUCACCGCCUCGUUCAGUAAUCUGGGCAUCCUCCAUGUGACCAAGAAGGGCGUGGUGGAAAUCCUGUGCCGACGGCUGAAGGAGGAGAAGAGGCGACAGAAAGGGGGCGCUCUCUACCAGCUCUCAGAUACAGAGGAGGGAUCGUGUAUGAAAGAAGCCAAGGAGCUGGGUCGCACCAUGGACCUGAACAUCGUGAGGUUAAAGUUCACGGCGUUCCUCCAGGACAGCAACGGAGGCUUCACUCGAGCGCUCAAACCAGUCGUGUCUAACCCCAUUUACGACAGCAAAUCACCAAACGCCUCUAACCUGAAGAUCACUCGUAUGGAUAAAACAUGUGGGUCGGUGCUGGGAGGAGACGAGAUCUUCCUUCUCUGUGACAAAGUGCAGAAAGAUGAUAUAGAAAUACGUUUUUAUGAAGACGACGAGGGCGGCUGGGAAGCAUUUGGAGACUUUUCACCCACAGACGUCCACAAGCAGUACGCCAUUGUCUUCAAAACGCCGCCGUAUCACAGCACGGAGAUCGAGCGGCCCGUCACCGUGUUCCUGCAGCUGAAGAGGAAGAAGGCCGGAGACAGGAGUGACCCCAAGCACUUUACGUACAUCCCCCAGGUCCAAGACAAAGAGGAGGUGCUCAGGAAGAAGCAAAAGCCCCUGCCUCACUACGAGAACUGGAGAGGUGGAGGGCGAGGGGGCGGAGCUGAAGGCUUUGGGGGCGGGGCUUCUGGAGCCGGUGGAGGUGGAGGAUUUCAGUUCUGUCAGCACAUGAAUGGAGGAGGGAGUUUUUCGAUGGGAGGCUUCAGUGGGUUUUCUGGAGGGGCACAGAUGUCCUCGUCCUCGUCCUCACCUCAUCCACAGAGUGAAGAGAACAACGAGUCAAAGACGAAUCAAACAGGACAAACUAAUGCAAUACUGCAGCAGUGGCUUUUCCAGCUGGCCGUGAGCCUACAGACCAAAGCGUCCCAGAGCGCGAGGCAAAUGGCGGCGGCGCUGCUCCAGUACUGCAGCAGUGGAGACGUGCGUCUGCUCCUGUCCAUCCAGAGACAUCUGUGUGGAGUCCAGGAUUCAAACGGAGACACACCUUUGCACUUGGCUGUGAUCCACCAGCAGAGCGCCGUCAUCCAGCAGCUGCUUCAGACUCUGGGUAACGGACACCAGCACCUCCUCAACACGGCCAACCAUCUCAGAAAGACGCCGCUGCACCUGGCGGUGAGCUCGCGGCAGAUGCAGGUGGUGGAGCUGUUGCUUCGAGCAGGAGCAGACCCGAGCCUCGUGGACAGAGACGGGCGGAGCGCCGUGCACCUGGCGGCCCUGAGCGGAGACACGUCUGUGCUGCGCACGGUCCUGACCCAUCUCACUGACGAGCACGCGCCCCUGGUCAACGCCCCCGACUACCACGGACUGCAGCCGUUACACCUGUCGGUCAGGAGAGACGGGGAGCGCUGUCUCCGCCUCCUGGUGGAGAGCGGUGCAAAGAUCAACGCUCCGGAGCAGAAGAGCGGCUGUACCGCUCUGCACCUCGCUGUGACCGCUAACCUGUUUAAAGUGGCCUGCAUUCUGAUCACAGAGCUGAAGGCAGAUGUCAACAGCUGCACGUUUGGAGGGAACACUCCGCUGCAUUUCGCUGCGAGUCAGGGCUCCCCCACACUCUGCUCCAUGCUCAUCGCUGCAGGAGCGGAUAAAAACCUGGAAAACGACGAGCCUCUGUACUUCAGCUCCUCUGAUGAAGAACCAGACGAAGGAGAUGAAGAACAAACAGUCUCAGUCUCACAACCAACGAACCCCCUGAAAAGACGAGCUGGACACACGGCUCUGGACCUGGCCACGUGUCAGAAGGUCAGAAACUUGUUAACACCAAAACCUGAUAAAUCCUCGAGUCGUCAGAGCCUGAAAAAGACAAAACAGAGCAGCUCUGAAGGGGUCUCUGGUCUGGACAGUGACACUCUGACCCGUCUGAUGGAGGUGGUCAGUGUCCAGAACAUCCCCUGGAAGAAACUGGCUGAAAAACUGGGGAUGAUGACGCUCACUCCUCUGUACGAAAACAGCCCCUCGCCCUGUGUCCAGCUGCUGCAGCACUACCAGUUGGGUGGAGGUGCGGUGGAGGGGCUGGUGGAGGCGUUCCGGUCUCUGGGUGUGUCAGAGGGAGUGAGGCUCCUGAGGGACGCACAACCCCGAGAGGACAAACACAACACAGACACUACGGUGGACAGUGGGUUUGGGAGCCAGGCCAUGGAGGAGGAGGAGGAGCCUGUAGCUUCAUAAUGAGGCAGAAGUCACUGAAACUCGGCUCUGAAACGGGAGACGACUCAAGAACAACAACAGGAAGUGACCUGAGGAUCCUGACCUCUUCAAAACCACGAAAACUGUGUCAUCACUUUUAAUGAGAAACACAUUUAGUGUCAGAACUCGGUGAAAAGGAGGAAGCAGAAGUUAGAUAGAUGUUUCACUCAUCUUAUAUUUUGUGAUUGAAUCCAUGGGUUUGAUCAGAUGUUCUGAUGGUUUGAUCAGAUGUUCUGAUGGUUUGAUCAGAUGUUCUGAUGGUUUGAUCAGAUGUUCUGAUGGUUUGAUCAGAUGUUCUGAUGGUUUGAUCAGAUGUUCUGAUCAGAUGUUCUGAUGGUUUGAUCAGAUGUUCUGAUGGUUUGAUCAGAUGUUCUGAUGGUUUGAUCAGAUGUUCUGAUGGUUUGAUCAGAUGUUCUGAUGGUUUGAUCAGAUGUUCUGAUGGUUUGAUCAGAUGUUCUGAUGGUUUGAUCAGAUGUUCUGAUGGUUUGAUCAGAUGUUCUGAUGGUUUGAUCAGAUGUUCUGAUGUGACUCCAGGUGCGGCUCCGUGUUUCCAGUGCAGUAGAUGGAACAGUCCACGUGCGUCUGUCCACACAUUUAAGUUAUUAUGAAAUAUACUGUCACCUUUUAAGCUUACAAUUAUUUAUUUUGGACUUAAAUAACACAUCUCCAUCUUAAUAUUCAGGCGUUACAUCAGUGACGGGGCUGAUGUUCUCAUCUGUAUUUACAAACUUCUUUAUACAGUCUGUGGUCGUCAUAAACGACCUGCCAGUUCACAGAACGACCUCUUCCCUCGUCAAAAACAAAAGUUUAACUGUAACGACGACGAGCAGAAUAUGAAGUCAAGUGAGAACAUCGUUCUGAACAUGGAUCUGCUUCCAGCUGAUUAGAAUUUUAUUUCUAUUAAACUAUUUUGUGAAACCUAUUGUUUAUGCUGAAAAUAAAAAAACAAGUAUUUCAAA